CACAGUUUGAAAACGCUUUGGAUGAUCUGGAUGAGCAAAUGGAUGAGACAACUUAUCCGCCGCCAGUAUUUGACUUUGGCAUGCCCAGGAAUAUAACAGCACGGACUGGACACACGGCAGCCAUCAAUUGUCGAGUUGAGAAUUUGCGCGAUAAAUCGGUAUCUUGGAUAAGGAAACGCGAUUUGCACAUUUUGACUGCAGGCAUUUUGACCUACACAUCUGAUGAGCGCUUCAAGGUCGUACGCACCGCCGACUCCAAGGAUUGGACGUUGCAUGUGAAAUAUGCCCAGCCACGUGACAGCGGCAUCUACGAGUGCCAAGUGAAUACGGAGCCAAAAAUUUCAAUGGCAUUCCGCUUGAAUGUCAUAGUGACGCCGCCAGAUGCCAAAGCGAUUAUAGCCGGUCCAUCGGAUUUGUACGUCAAACAGGGCAGCGUCAUAACACUCACAUGCCAUGUGAAACAGCCGGCAAAUGCUGCCCAGGAUAUUGGACCCAUUUACUGGUAUCGCGGCCCCUACAUCUUAACCCCUUUUGUGGCCCAUCCGAAUGAUGCAGCCAUUGAUUUGCAACGCAUUUCCAUGGAAUCAACCCUGGCCGAGAAGUUGCAAAGCAGAUUACGGAUUGCUAAUGCACAGCUCUUGGACACGGGCAACUAUACGUGCAUGCCAACAACUGCAGAAGCGGCCAGCGUUGUGGUCAAUGUCAUUAAUGACGAGAGUCCGGCGGCCAUGCAGAAGAGCGGCGGCAAUGGCAGUUGCCUGAGGAGCAGACUUAACUUUAGCCUUGUCCUUGCAUUGGCUGCCAGCGCUGUGGUGCGAUGGAUGCGUUGGCUUUUAGGUCCUGCCAACUUAUCCUUAGUGCAUAUCAAUUGUGAUGUCAGGCAAUCAAUAAGCGGCUCACUUGGACGGCAACAGCAGCAGCUGCAACAACAACAGCAACAGCAACAGCAACGACAGCCAAUGACGUCAUGAUAAUUAAAUGAAACAAACAUUUCUUGUACAUAAUUAUAUUGAUAGAUAACGUUAAUUUUAUCUGUAAA